AUGCUAUUGUCGUCAGUGCGCUGGGUGGCAAGGAAAAGAGAAGAUCGAAGACCUCUGUACAGACGCAUUCUCACGAAUCGCCGCCUCGAUAUUAUCCAUAAAACUUUCGUUCGCUCAAUUCUCGGAUUUAUCCUGUUCAGUACUUCGUACUGUAUCGUCAAUACGGGAAUUUACUAUAAGUUUGUGAGGCCGCUUCGACAAGAGGAACGUGAGCUUUUGGAACGGGAACUCAUUGAGGCAGAUCGCGCUGGUUUCAAAGUUAAUUUAAAGUAA